CCUGACGCGUAGUAAGGCAUCACCAGGAAGGUUUAACCGACCAACCGACGCCAUGCCUUUUCAACAGCAUGGAUUAGCAGUGCGCCAGCAGCUCUCUGAGAACUGAGUAAGUCCCUCCCCAUCCCCUUCAUAUUACUGGACCAUAAAGAGAUUACAGGACCGACCAGGACCAAAGCAUCUGUACUAGGCUCAGGAUGGUAGAUGGUGAUUGAGGGGAGAGAGAGAGAGAGAGAGAGAUAGAGCAGGACGGUAGGGGGUAGGGGGAAGGUUGGAGAACAGUGUUGGGGGGUGUCUGCCAUCAGUGUAGCUGCAGACGGUGCAGAGAUGUUUAGAGUGCACACUAGCAGCAACGAUAGAACAGGGACUACAAGGAGAAGAGCAUAGUAGGGCGCCUACCUAGUGUCUAGAAUGGCCGUAGCCCCUAGUGACAGAGUGAGUGAACCAGACGUAGAGUACCAUUGAGAGGGUAUCAGGUGGAUGCUGAGAGAGAGGCCUGCUACCUGACGAUAAGAAGGGAGGAAGGAAGGAAGGAACGUGAGGAGUACCUGACUGCAACUCACCAUGGCCUUGGCCUGUCUGGGCUGUGUAUCUAUCAGAUCUAGAGCUGUCUCUAACCUGGAUGUGGAGAGUAAGCUAACAGUGCACUACCAGGCUCCAUGGCACCAGCACCACAACGUGUUUCACCCCUGCAGCCGGCCGCCAUGCGUAGAGGAGCUCCACAGACAUGCCAAGCAGAGCCUGCGAGCCCUGCACAGAGACCAAAAGCAACGUCAACGGUCGAACAGCCGCGAGCGCAGAGUGACCAUCUCCAUCUCUGGGGCUCCUCCAAUGCCCACCCUCCCUUCCCCACGCACCCUCAGACGGCACGAGCAGAGGGGCAGGCACAGCCGUGCGCAGGCGAGACCAGAGAGAGAGAUAGAAUAUCAACUGCGGAAGGAGAGACACAUGAGAGAGACAGACAUCCAGACAAUACAAAGAAAGGAGAGACCUGGAAGGGAGGUUCACUGUCACACUAUACAGAGAAAGUAUGACCGUACCCGCUCCCCAUCCCCCACUGAAUGUUGCCUCUUCACCCCAUGGACCAGAAAGGCUGCCACUACCACUGACCCUGAUGCUGAGCCUGCAGUGGGCCACAGGUCUACUGGUGCUGUCCCCAACCCCCCCUCCACACUGGACAAGCAGACCAACUGGUCCAAGGCCCUUCCUCUGCCCACCCCCCAGGAGAGGAUGAAGAGUGACCCAGCAGUCGUGUCCUCGUGCAUCAUCCCAAUCAACGUCACUGGGGUGGGGUUCGACAGGGAGGCUAGUGUGCGCUGCUCCCUGGUACACUCCCAGUCUGUGCUGCAGAGGAGGAGGAAGCUGAGGAGGAGGAAGACCAUCACUGGUAUCCCCAGACAAGUUCAACAGGACAUGGACUCUGAUGAGUCUCCAGUGGCGAGGGAAAGGACAGUGAUGGUCCACACCAACCCUCACCUGUCCCUCUGUCAGGAGGAGUUGUCCCUCCGAGGGGGACACACCAAGGACUCCGGCUGCCAGACGGACGACUGCCUGAUCGGUGGCGGUGGUGCCCCGUCCAGGAGACGUAUACGUGCCCAGCGCGGCGGCCAGGGGGGCAUCCCCACCUCCCUCUCCCACUCCACCGGGAACAUCUCCUCGCUCCCCGACCACCCUGACGCCUCCAUGUACACCGCCUCUGGCUCCCGCCUCCGCUCCCGCAGCCUCCCCCGCGAGGGUGGCCGCAUACGCGACGAGGACCAGGACGACAGUGAUGAAGAUGAGGAUGAUGAUGACGACGAUGAUGAUGAAGAUGAGGAGCUCUCUCCGUACGAGACGGAGGACUUCCUCCCGGGAACGGGGCCAAGGAUGUUAAAGGACGAGGAGGAGAGUACGGAUGACCAGGCCAUGCCAGAGCUGCAGCUGGGGAGUCUGAAGAGGAUACAGCAGGGAGACGGGGGGAGUCCAGAACACAUGUGGAUGGAGCGGGGUCGCUCCCGCCUCCCCCGUCAGGUCGACAUGGGGAGCUGUGAGAUCUCCUCCAGCUCUGACACCUUCAGCAGCCCCAUCCACUCUGUCUCUACUACGGGGGUGCUGAGAGGACAGAUAGACCACAAGGAGGACCACCAGUCGUCCAGUGGUAACUGGAGUGGCAGCAGUUCCACAUGCCCCUCCCAGACCUCUGAGACGCUCCCCCCCGCCGCCUCCCCCCCUCUGACCGGCUCCUCCCACUGUGACUCGGAGCUGUCGCUCAACGCCGCGCCGCACGCCAUCGAUGACCUCACCGGCUUUAUCAUUGACCCGUACCAUUCGGAUCAGCCGCAGGGCCAGGGUCAUAGGUCCAGCUCCUUCACCUCCUCAGCCACUGACCAGCUGGAUGAUGCAGGGGUCAGCACUGCCAGCGAGGGAGAGUGGACCUACCCUCAAGACCAGGCUGAUCAGGACCAGCUGUGUAGUCAGGACUUCAGCCCCAGGCGUUCCUCCAGGGGGGACCAGACCAGGAUAGACACCAGCAUCAGCACCUACGACGGCUUCUCAGACCGAGCUCCCCCUACUGCUGCAGCAGACUCCCAGGGCUUCUACUCAUCCUCCAUGCACUUUGACUCCAUGCAGGGCCAGAGUUACAGGAGCUACAUGUACAACUAUGCAGCAGUGGGCUCUGGCGCUGACUGUGACCAGGGUAAUACUGUGGGCGCUACGCCUGGUGAGGGAGAGGGCAUGGCUGGAUACCCUCCUCAGUCCUCUGACUACAGGGGAGCCACCCUGACGCUAGGGAGGCCGUGUCGUCCGCUGAAGAAACCAAAGGUCAAGCCACCCCCACCAAAACGGAGCUCGUCGCUGAAGGAGACGUGUAGCGCAGGUGCUCCAGAGAAUGUCCCCCCUGAGCAGGGUGACGAGCAGGGCGACCAGGACCAACCAAAGAUUCAUAGUAGUGGGCAGACCCAGACCCUGAACCUGCCCAUGUCUUCCAGAGACAGAGAGAUGAGGCUGCAGCUGGACAUGGCCAGCCCAGGGGAGGUGGAGAAUCCUGGGUUGGAGGCUGAGACGGUGGGUGUUGGUGGUGGAGGUGCCUGGGGGAUAGGGAGCCCCAGGAGCCCCAGGACUGUGGAGAUGACGGAGCCAACCUCGUUCGGGUCCACGGACACUCACUCCUUCAAGGACGAGGGCGCCGUUCAGUCUGACUAUGCAGACCUCUGGUUCCUCAACGACUUGAAAUCCCAAAAUAACCUGGACCCCAACAGCUCCUUGUCCAACUCCAGCACUGCUACGGGUACUACUGUUAUCGAAUGCAUCAAGUCGCCGGUGGACAGCUCCUCCUCUCCCAGGGGAGAGACCCAGGCAUUGAUGCAUUCCGCCGGCUCUGGUUCCAGCUCCUCCAGGCCCACCUCUCCUCCUCUUCCCCCCGGGGAUGGAGACUUCAAGCUGGGCUCUCCUGAGAAGCUGGCUGGCCUCGCUUCGCCCUCCAGCGGAUACUCCAGCCAAUCCGAGACGCCCACAUCUUCAAUCCCAUUAGCGUUCUUCCCCGGCCCGCUCUCUCCGACCAGCGGGAAACGGAAACCCAAAGUCCCUGAGAGGAAGUCUUCUCUAUCCUCGCUGCAGCACCAGGCCCAGGCCCAGUUCUCUAGCUCGGCCUCUGGAUCCUCCUCUUCCUGUUCCUCUUCCUCUUCCUCAUCAUCCAGGAAGGACUAUGACUUCCCGGCUCCACCCACCGAGCUGGACUUAAGUUCUCUUCACAGCGCCCACAGCAGCCGGCCGUUACCCACUCUGGCCCACCGGACCCACAUGCACACGCUGCACCAGAACAAGCAGAGGGCAGCAGCAGCAGCAGAGGCCCGGGCAACCGCGGGUAACACUGCAGCCGCUAACGCUAAUGCUAGUGCUAAAGCUAGUGCUAACGCUAGUGCUAAUUCUAAUGCUAACGCUAGUGCUAACGCUAGUGCAACCCCCUCUGGGUUUAUCUAUGGAUCCACUCUGACUCCAGAGGCCCCACUUGCUGCCAACCCCAUGGCCCUGGCCAUCACCCCCACGGUGCUGCGCUCCGUUCAGCUACGUUCCACCGGCCACAGGGCCACCGAUGGUUCUCAGCCCCAGGCCCGGGGCCAGGCUCAGGGGGCUCAGGGCCAGGAGCCUCCACCACCACCACAAGCAUGGGCCCACGAGGCUUCAGGGGCCCCUGCCACCAGACCCAAGAUGCCCAGUGUAACCAUCGUGACCCCCCACUCUGACACCAACACCAGGCCCCUGCCACCCAGGAGACCCAUCGCCCAGAAACCCCCUCCACCACCGACCCAGGACCCCCACCACCCUUCUCAGGAGCAUCACCACCACUCUGUACCCCAGCCCCAGCACCACCCCACCCCCAUGCAGCACCCGGACGGCCCCCCGCCCUACGAGAGCCUGGCCAGGCACCGGCAGGACCGCUACAGCCCCGGAACCUUCUGGGCAAUGACGGCGUUCCGGACGCGGCCUGCGGAACCUUUGGAACCCGAGGAACCCACGCACCGAGCGCCACCGCCAACUCCGGAACCCGUGAUUCCUACUACUCACCCGGAGUGCCACGUGCUAGGGGAGCGGACAGAGGAUGAAGAAGACGAGGAGGAGGAAGAGCACGAUAGAGAGAUAUCAAGGGUUAUGAGUCACAGUCAAGGCCUCAUUAGAGAAUAUCGAGAAUAUCAUCAAAGAGAUCAUCCAAGGGAACCACCGACGUACGAGACACUAGAGGAGUCCCACUCAUAUCAGUCCCAGUCGCAUUAUCACAGCCAGUCACAGACACACUCCUGUCACAGUCAAAUGGUCCAGAGGUGGGACUUGGGCCCAAGCAGCAGUCCUGACAAAGUGCCCGGUGUAACUGUGGAAGCAUCACACCCUUACUCAAUCAGCCAUGUAAUAGAUCUAAGAGGUAGGGGUGGAGAGGACCGCUAUGAGAUGACAUCAUCAGGGGUUCCUACCAGAAGUGCCUCACAGGAUAACAGCAGAGAUGACUCCACCACACCGGACACAGAGGACUACUUCAGCAAAGAGUCUACUAGUCCCAGUGAUAACUCCCUCUCUCCUCUGACUGACGAAACAACCAAACCUGAUGAUGAUGUCGUCUUCAUGUCACCGAGCAAAUCUCGUACUACUGAAGACCUGUUCGCCAUGAUCCACAGGUCCAAGAGAAAAGUCCUGGGCCGUAAGGACUCUGGAGAGCUGAGUGGGAAGAGCCGUCUGUGUCCUCCUCCGGCUGCCGUUGUUCCCCCUGCAGCUAUCCUCCCAGCCAUCCCCCCUCCGCCCCCUCUCAUCAUCCCCCCCGCCCCGGCCCUCUCCACCCUGACCGCGGCCGGAACCCAGCGCACCCCAGGACCCAUCUACCGCAGCGCCAAGAAGUCCAGCACCUCCAACGAGGAGUUCAAGCUGCUGCUCCUGAAGAAGGGCAGCCGGACUGAUUCUAGCUACCGCAUGUCUGCUACAGAGAUCCUCAAGAGCCCCAUCGCCCCCAAGUCCCCUGGGCACCCCUUGGCUGCGGAGGGCCAGGUCAGGUACCCCACCGAGGAUCCCCCCUUUCCCCUCCAGGAGCCAUCAUUGCAGGUGGCCGGGGAGCAACUCUUCCCCCCCAGCCUCUUCCCCAGGCCCAGUUCAGACAGCUUCAGCCCCAAAACACCCCCCACGUCGGCUUCGUCCAGACAGGGGCGCUCCCGGAUCCCCCCUGCAGCCAAUAGUAGUCGCUACAGCACCCGUAGCCGACUCUAUACGGCACCCAUGCAGGUCAUAUCAGAGGGGGAGACUGAGAACUCAGAUGGGAGUCCUCAUGAUGAUCGCUCCUCGUAAAACAAAAGGCAUGCUCAGUGCAGAAACAUGUACCCUAUUCCUUAUUUGGUGUACUACUUUUGACCAGGGCCCAUAUAAGGAAUAGGGUACCAUUUGGGAUGUAGACAUAUUUAUAUGGAUUUGGUUCAGUGCUGUUACUGUUCUUAUCUACUGAAUACUGACGGAUACACAACUAAACAAAGAGUGGCUAACCAGAGAGAAGACUCUACUCUGGACCUGGGGAUUUGAUAUCUAUGUGCAGAACUGAAGAACACAACUUUGUGUUUUGUUCAGAGUGUAAAGAAAGAAAAAAAUGUCUUGUUUUGAACUUUGAACUCCCUUUUUAAAUAACCCAAGAUCCUGUAUUGAGUGAAACGUGGACAAGAGGAGAGAAAUGGGGCGGUAAGACAACCUGUGUGUGUGUUGGAGCAAAUGGAACAUCCAUCGUCAUUUUUUAUCUUCUUGGAUGUUGGAUGACUUGUAUGUCGUGUCCUAACGUGACCCUAAAAUAACUGCUUUCCAAAAGAAUUGCAUUUCUCUCUACACUUACCCAGAGGACAGGUCAUUAUUUCAACCAUAAACAAAAUAUUCCCAGUCGACAAAAAUGAAUAAGCUAUAUGUUUUGUAUUGCUACCGCCCCCAACACAAAACAAUGUACUGUGAUCACUAUUGACAACCAUGUGUCAAAGUAUUGUUUUACCAAGAGUGAGUUAACAACACACAUAGGUCUACAUGCCAUCCUCACAUAGAUAAACUACAUGUAAAGUAAUAGGAAUGACCUUUGCCCCUAGAAGCGCUCUCAGUGCAGGGAUUCCUGUCAGUGACACAUAAGGGAAAUAUUUGGUCUUGUUGAAGUGAUUUGGUGCGGAUGUCAAGGUGUCAGAAGAGAUGAUGGGACAGUCGUGCUGUGGCCUUUCUGUGCUGGAGGGCCAAGCAUGCCGGGGAUUCACUGGCUACUCUAGAGGAGAUAUUUUGGACUAUAAAAACAAACAAAGAGUGAAAAGCUAUCGAGGGUCUUUACUACUGUUUGGCUAGCUAGCUGGGAGGUUGAAAUGGAUUGGCUUUUCAAAGCCUAACUUCUCCUUUGCACUUCGUCAUUAUGAAUUCUUCAAGAAUAUUCCUUGAGAAAAAUAAAACUAAUCUUAUAAUGGAAAAUUCCUAUUGUGUAUAUUUGUAUUGAAUAUAAAGAACAUAGCUAUAUGAAGAGACAUACAAAACAUUUUUUAAUGACACAAACCCAUCAUGUGUAGCAGAGUGGAUUGGUGAUGUAGAAAUAGAAUAACUACAUUCUAGAAUGACUAGAUUCUGUUUCUAUGGGGGUGGGGGGGGAUGCAAUCUUUCCGUAGUUCCGUAACAUCAGUAGCCAGGGGCACGUCACAAAGCCCAACACAUGAAUCAUACAACCUUAUUAAGAGAAACAACAAAUCAUCUGUCCUUCAAUCUUUUUUUUAAAAGAUUUCACUCAAAUAUUACGCUUCUGUCUAGUGUUUUUCAGGUUUUAAACUAAUUGAACAUAACAAAUGGGUUAUACAUUUUAAGUAAUGACAUUCUGGUGAACAGACCAAUCUUGAAGAGUUGUGUUUCUACAUUGAAAAACAAACUGGAGAUCAAUGAAGUCACUCAAUGUGUUCUAUGAAUACCUCUGCAAUCAUAUUACUGUUCGUUUGUACAGAUCUAACAUAGAGAUACAUAGAUAAAAUGACAACUGUUACUCAGAGGAAUUUGAAUUGCAGAACUAACUGAACUGACACUGUGUACGAGGUUACAGGAGGAACAAGCUGUGAACUAAUUAGAAUUUGACAUGAUCUAUCAUGAAUGAAUAUCCGUUGCUGCAGAGCACUGUUGGUGUUCCUUGUUUUGUUAGUAUUUUCAUCUAUCGCAUGCAAUAAACAAAAAAACACCAUAUCAUUUUCAAGAGGGGAAAUAUCUGUUAGAGAUACUACCACGAGAAAAGAUAUCGAAUUUUCAGUUUCAUUUUUGAAUAUGUAAAGUUGGGUGUAAUUCAAUAUAUGUACAAAAUGUUUGACAAUUCUGUUUUGUAUAGUUGUGUUCAUGGACAGGGGGUAUCUUGUACUGUAAAAUGAACAAAAAAUUACUGGACAAUCAAACAGAGAAUUUUGGAAAAUGAAAGAAAGCUAUAUGAGUACGUAGGUUCCAGGUAAGGGAUGAGUACGUUCUGGAGUUAGUUAUUACGUAGGUUCCAGGUAAGGGAUGAGUACGUUCUGGAGUUAGUUAUUACGUAGGUUCCAGGUAAGGGAUGAGUACGUUCUGGAGUUAGAUUAUGUAGGUUCCAGGUAAGGGAUGAGUACGUUCUGGAGUUAGUACGUAGGUUCCAGGUAAGGGAUGAGUACGUUCUGGAGUUAGUUAUUAUGUAGGUUCCAGGUAAGGGAUGAGUACGUUCUGGAGUUAGUUAUUAGUAAAAAGAUCCAGGGUGAAAUCCUUGUGAGAGUCAGAUGAAUUGAGCUUGAGAUGGGACGGGAGGUAGGAUGGGUAUGUGCAUGCGUGUGCACUUGUGUGUGUAUGUGUGCGUGCGCAUCUGCGUGUGUGUGUUACGUGGACAGUGAGUAGAGCAGGCAGAGAUAGGGUGUGUGUGUGUAGGGUGUGUGUGUGUGUUACGUGGACAGUGAGUAGAGCAGGCAGAGGUAGGGUGUGUGUGUGUAGGGUGUGUGUGUAUGUGUUACGUGGACAGUGAGUAGAGCAGGCAGAGGUAGGGUGUGUGUAUGUGUUACGUGGACAGUGAGUAGAGCAGGCAGAGGUAGGGUGUGUGUGUGUGUAGGGUGUGUGUGUGUAGGGUGUGUGUGUAUGUGUUACGUGGACAGUGAGUAGAGCAGGCAGAGGUAGGGUCGUCGUUAGGUAGGGCAACGCACUACAAUUCCUCCCUGUACUCUUAGAACAAAAGGUGCUAUCUAGAACCUGAAAGGGUUCUUCGGCUGUCCCAAUAGGAGAACCCUUUGAAGAACCCUUUUUGGUUCCAAGUAGAACCCUUUUGGGUUCCAUGUAGAACCCUUUUUUAAAAGGGUUCUACCUGGAACCAAAAAGGGUUCUCCUAUGGGGAGAGCCGAAGAACCCUUUUGGAACCUUUUUUUGUAAGAGUGUGUGGUAUAAUUGUGUUAACAUUCUAUUUCAUGUUAUCGUUUUACAAACUGUUGGACUAUAAAACUACAGCCAUUCAUUUGCCUGGUGUUGAAAUGCCAUACUAUAUACAUAUAUCUAGGUGUUUGGUGAACCUUUCUGUGGUCAAAAUGACACAAAAUGGCUGGUUAGACACUGGGGAACAUUGGGGAACAUUGGGGAACCAAGAGACAGGUACCUCUCUAUGCAUUGUGUCUCUCUUUUAAAUGUAGAUUAUGGUGCGACAACUUGACAGGAUGUACAGGUUGGAUGUACAAUUAUUCAUUAAUGACAAUAAUUAUACAGCAUUGUAUAGAAACUAUUUUUAAUCACAGGAUAUUUUAUCCAGAGAGUUAUUUUAUUAUCAUAUUGAAUAACCUAGAAGAGGAAUGAUGGUGAAACUUAAAGACAUUUCAUAUCAGAGUCUAUAAUAAUAUCAUUGAAUUGAACUGAACUGGCUGAUGCUAAACGUGACGGUGCAUUCUUAGAAUGCAUCCCAAAUGGCACCCUAUUCCCUACCUAGUGCACUACCCCAUAGGGCUCUGGUCAAAAGUAGUGCACUACAUAGGGAAUAAAAGGGGGCCAUUUCUGACUCAGUCUGAGAAUAUAAAUGUUAAACUACAUGGUGUCAAAAUCCACCUUGAGUAGAUAUUUGGGAUCCUCUGAAGUCAUUUUUAAUUGUUCAUAUGGAUUAGUAACAGUAGUUUGACAUAAUCUGUAUGCAGCCCAAAAAAUAUAUAGAUUAUAUUUUCAUGAUUUGUGUUCCCAUUGCAAGUGUCUUUGGAUUUUCGGUGAAGUAGCAAUGUAGCCAUUUCCCCUCCAGGCCAGGCCCCACAAACUAAAGACAUUGGUUCAUCUGAGUCCAGGCCCCACAAACUAAAGACAUUGGUUCGUCUGAGUCCAGGCCCCACAAACUAAAGACAUUGGUUCAUCUGAGUCCAGGCCCCACAAACUAAAGACAUUGGUUCAUCUGAUUCCAGGCCCCACAAACUAAAGACAUUGGUUCAUCUGAUUCCAGGCCCCACAAACUAAAGACAUUGGUUCAUCUGAGUCCAGGCCCCACAAACUAAAGACAUUGGUUCAUCUGAUUCCAGGCCCCACAAACUAAAGACAUUGGUUCAUCUGAGUCCAGGCCCCACAAACUAAAGACAUUGGUUUGUCUGAGUCCAGGCCCCACAAACUAAAGACAUUGGUUUGUCUGAGUCCAGGCCCCACAAACUAAAGACAUUGGUUCAUCUGAGUCCAGGCCCCACAAACUAAAGACAUUGGUUCAUCUGAGUCCAGGCCCCACAAACUAAAGACAUUGGUUCGUCUGAUUCCAGGCCCCACAAACUAAAGACAUUGGUUUGUCUGAGUCCAGGCCCCACAAACUAAAGACAUUGGUUCGUCUGAGUCCAGGCCCCACAAACUAAAGACAUUGGUUCAUCUGAGUCCAGGCCCCACAAACUAAAGACAUUGGUUCAUCUGAGUCCAGGCCCCACAAACUAAAGACAUUGGUUCGUCUGAGUCCAGGCCCCACAAACUAAAGACAUUGGUUCGUCUGAUUCCAGGCCCCACAAACUAAAGACAUUGGUUCAUCUGAGUCCAGGCCCCACAAACUAAAGACAUUGGUUCAUCUGAGUCCAGGCCCCACAAACUAAAGACAUUGGUUCGUCUGAGUCCAGGCCCCACAAACUAAAGACAUUGGUUCAUCUGAUUCCAGGCCCCACAAACUAAAGACAUUGGUUCAUCUGAGUCCAGGCCCCACAAACUAAAGACAUUGGUUCAUCUGAGUCCAGGCCCCACAAACUAAAGACAUUGGUUCAUCUGAGUCCAGGCCCCACAAACUAAAGACAUUGGUUCAUCUGAUUCCAGGCCCCACAAACUAAAGACAUUGGUUCAUCUGAGUCCAGGCCCCACAAACUAAAGACAUUGGUUCAUCUGAGUCCAGGCCCCACAAACUAAAGACAUUGGUUCAUCUGAGUCCAGGCCCCACAAACUAAAGACAUUGGUUCAUCUGAGUCCAGGCCCCACAAACUAAAGACAUUGGUUCAUCUGAGUCCAGGCCCCACAAACUAAAGACAUUGGUUCAUCUGAGUCCAGGCCCCACAGACAAACGUUUUCAAAGAAGAAACUAUUGCCUGCCUUUCCGUGAGACAUAUCCAAUGUGUGUAACAGGGUUGGGAUCGAUUCCAUUUCAAUACCAGUCAAUUCAAAAAGUAAACCAAAUUCUCAAUUCCAAUUCUCCUCUUUGAAAAUCAUUGAAGACAAUCGGAAUUGGAAUUUCAGUUUACUUCCUGAAAUGACUGGAAUUGAAAUGGAUUAGAGCCCAACCCUGAAGUGUAAUACCCCAACACAGAAGUGUAAUAGCCCAACCCUGAAGUGUAAUACCCCAGCACAGAAGUGUAAUACCCCAACCCUGAAGUGUAAUAGCCCAACACAGAAGUGUAAUACCCCAACCCUGAAUUGUAAUACCCCAACACAGAAGUGUAAUACCCCAACCCUGAAGUGUAAUAGCCCAACACAGAAGUGAGAGCCAGAGGUAAUAAUCUAGUUUGCAUUGACCUAGACACCUUUUAACCUAGGAUUAAAGACUGUUAUACUCUGAGACAUGAUUCCCUGAACUGACCAUUAUUCCAAAGUUUAAAAACAAACAAAAAAAGAUUCUCCUAUUGCACUGGUAUAGUGGAGCUUGUGAAGUUUUUCUUUUUUGCUGUAACCUGAAGUUAUAUUGAUGAUGAUAUGUGAUGAUUUGUGUAAAAGACUGUAUUUCCCCUAUUGAUUAAAAUAUAUUAUACAUGGUUAAUUAAUUUAGGAUGCAUGAUCAGGAUAGCAGAGGCCAUGCUUCUGCCAAAGGGUUUCAGAGAGUCAGAAGUGUACCGGAAAGAACCAACACAAAAAAAGGGUUUUGAAACUUUAAACAUUAACAUUAAAAGAUGAAAAAUAAACUUUAAAAAGAUGAAAAACAAACCAACUAUUUAAAAGGAAGAGCAGUACAGUGUAACUGGCUCGGUCGGUACAAGAUGCUCCUGGCUCAAAGCUAGAACAUAACAGAUUGCAUCACCUUUUGUAUUUUUGUACAAACUAAAUGUAAAUAGUAAAUCUUUUUAAAAAUGUUGCAAAGAUCUUUUUCUUUUUGUAAAAUAUUUUCAAAGUUGACAUGAUUAAUGAAUGAAUGAAUUCCAAGCCUUUGUAUAUUUUGGAGCUGUGCAACACCAUUUCAGUCUUGUAUUUAUUUUUGGGUAAACGUGAGACCUCCAUUGACUGCAUUAUAUCUUACUGAUUUGACAGCUCAUCAGACUGCUCAGUGACUGGGCAUAGAAAAGGACAAUAAAUGUGACUGCGUUGAAAAGAAA